UAGAUGCACCUUGUGUUUUAGACAAUAACUUGUUAUAUAUAGACAAAGCUGUAGACUAAUUUAUUGUCGCAACUGUCGAUUUAACGUUAGUUGUUUGAUUGUUCAUUAUUUUAUUUCCAUCCCGUCUGUGAGUGUACGAUAACAUAUCGUUACCACAGCAAUAUCGCAUUAUGGGUCCCAUCUUUGAUUAUACACUGGAGGAACGAUUAUGUUGUUUAAGGGACAACAUAAGGCACGGAGAAUGUAUUGAGUGCAAAGAGGCACAGUUGUGCCGUUUAGAAGCUAGAGUAUCGCAUUACAACUAUGGUAAACGGAAGCGUGAAGUCCCAGCUAAUGGGAAAGAGAUAUUCUUCGACGUUGAAGAGCCGGAGUUUUAUCCUUUCGGGAAGAAACACAAAUAUACUGAUAAUGGCGAUUCGCAGUCCGCACUGGAAGAGAAACGUUUGGUAGGUCUAAUUGAUAGCGACCAAAGUAAAGCCUGGGAAUCUGAGCACCAGUCCUCAAGCGCAUCGAAACCAGAAUCUAAAAGAACAAUAUCGACGGAAAUCACAACUGACACGGGCCAAGCCGAUGCUCUGUCAAAAUAUAAAUCGAGACGACAUGAUUCGAAGAACAAAAGGCAGCGCAUUCAUUCUGUCAAAACGAGUGAUGAUGCUUAUAAAACAACUAUUUUGGACGUUGAUUUAUCUACAUUGAAUGCGCAAAAAUCUUGCUUAAUGGAGCCUAAAUCUACUACACAAACAGUUGUUCAGGUUGCGGUUGCUGCUAAAAUUAAGGAAACACCAUUGAGUGUUUCGUCCUCAGAUGAACCAUCUACUGUCGAUGAAUCCAAGGAAGAUCCGAAAACGGAUAUCUCGCUUAAUGAAUGCGUAACAAAGGAUGCAAUGCAACAGGAUGCCCCAAUAAUAGAACAAAACAUAUCGGAAUCUUCUGGCAAGGCUUUGGAUGAGCCAUUUAAGGCUGACCAACCAACCACGCAGGCUUCAUCUGAUUUCAACAAACCGGAGUCUAAGGAAAUUUUUGGUGCAUCUACACUUCAGAAGUUGAACUUCUCGAUGCCUGUGGGAAAUCCUCUGUUUGCUCCAAAGGCUAUUGAUGCAAGCCAGUUUUGUGUCGACAACAAACCUUCAACGUUUGUAUUUGGAGCCCAGUCAACAGCGCCACCAACACCUCCGGUACAAUUUACUCCAACAAUUUCUCCUAUGCCAAAUCCGAUAAAUCAGCCGCAGGUUCCGCAAUUCAAUAUCCCAGGAUUUGCAGAUGCGCAAUUGAUGCCACCGGUCGCGCCAGGUACAAAUACAUUUGCUGUAAAUGCAUUUCCUCGAGCUAAGAGAGGUGGUUUGCGUUACAGAGGCGGUCGUAGGUAGUUAGGUGGAAUUCCAACUGUGGAUUAAGUAUGUUUUA